AUGUACCCUUUUGCCAGAGAACUCGCUAUUGAGUCAUGGAUCUUAUAUGCAGUCGCAGUACUUACCGGGGAUAGAGUUUCUCGACGCAUACGGUUAAAGUCAUGGAGCAAACUACAAAUGGAUGAUGCACUUAUGUGUGUAAUUGCGCUCACCUUCACGGGGGUUACUAUCACGGCAAAUAUUACGGCUUGGGUUAGCAGUGAUCCGAUUGUUCAAGAAGAAUAUCCUACACCACAUGCCAAAGCGCUCAUGGUUUGGGCGAACAAAGCGAUCUUCAUGUUGGAACAGUUCGCUCUGGUUACAAUCUGGCUGGUCAAGGGCUGCCUUCUCAUCAUCUACAGUCGUCUCACGCUUAUGAUGAAGGAGCAUUUGGUUGUGAAAAUCGUUGCAGUCUAUGUAGUGAUCUCCUUCAUUGUCAUUGAGGUCCUCUUGUUGGGAGUCUGGUGCAGGCCGAUCAACCAUUACUGGGAUAUUGAAUCUAUUGACUUCCAGUGUGGGACCUACUUUAACCAUCUGAUCACGACAACCGUUUUCAAUAUCUCCUCAGAUGUGAUGAUGCUGUGUAUCCCAUUGCCGCUCUUCAUCCGAUCACACUUGCCUUUCAAGCAAAAGGUUGCAGUGUGCGCUGUGUUCAGUCUUGGUGGGAUCGUUAUACUUAUGGCAGCUCUGAAUAAGUACUACAAUUUCUCCAACCUCACCAACGCUCGGUUCUUGAAAUGGUAUGUCGCAGAGGUAGCUACCGCGGUCUACGUCUCCAAUGUGCCGCUUCUCUGGCCUCUUCUUCGGCAGGUCUUUCGCUGCCUGCGCUCUACCGUUCACUCCAACUACCCGCCAGGGGCACCUAAGUCGAGCGGACCGCAACGAGGGCUGGCGCCAUUGCACUCCCAUUCGCGAUCACAUUCAAGAUAUCGUACCGACUCGGCACAUUCGAUCAUCAACCACUCGCAUGAGGGCAGUAUGCCCGACGCAUUCGAGCUGGUGUUAACUCCAACACGAGAACGUGGCUACAGAGCGGACAUCAUGGGGGACCUCGAUACAAGCCCACAACAGUCUAAAGACAUAACAGUGCACAGAACGGUGGAGGUUACUCAUGAGUAUCCAUAA